GGGUUCUGUGUUACAAAGUUUGCUGAAGCAAAGUUGUGAGUGAAUCAUUGAGCUUGGUUUCUCCUGAAAUUUUUUUCUUUAAUUUAUGUGUAAGUAUUAACGCUGGCGAAAAUGGUGCUAGCUGAGAAAAACAACGAAAACGCCAGGAAUGGGCGUAGGAGCAGGGGGCCGAGUCCAAAUGGUCACGUACAAGCAGAUUCUACCAGCGAGGACGAAAGUAGUGUACCUGUAGACAAGAUUAGGGUAGGGCGGGACUAUCAAGCCGUUUGCCCGGAACUACAGCCAGAAAAUCAAAGGAAACCAGAGUUACUUGCUGAUAGGGCUCUCCUAGUGUGGUCUCCUACUGAAACUAUUGCAGAAACAAAAUUGGAGGAUUAUAUAGUACUUGCAAAGGAUAAAUAUGGAUAUAAUGGGGAGCAAGCAUUGGGUAUGUUGUUUUGGCAUAAACAUGACUUGGAAAGGGCAAUGCUGGACCUGGCAAAUUUCACACCCUUUCCAGAUGAAUGGUCUGUAGAAGAUAAAGUUCUUUUUGAGCAGGCUUUCCAGUUUCAUGGCAAGAGUUUCCACAGAAUACGUCAGAUGUUGCCGGAUAAAAGCAUAGCUAGCCUUGUGAAAUACUAUUACAGCUGGAAAAAAACAAGAUCUCGUACCAGCUUAAUGGACAAGCAGGCAAGGAAACUGAAUGCCCCUAAGGAAGAUGGAGCCCCUUCUGAAGGAGGUUCUGAAAAUGGAUCAAAUGAGGAAUCUGACCAUGAAGACAAGGGUGAGGGUGGAGCGUGCUCUAACUGCGGAGUCGUCUGUUCUGUCACUCAGGUGACCGCCAAGGGGGCCCUCUGUAAUUCCUGCUACCAGCACUGGAGACGUACGGGGCUGUUGCGCCCGACUUCCGGUCCGGUGGCGGGGGGCCCCGGUAAGCGGCACGGAGGGGCCGGCGGGGGCCCCCUGGGGGCGCGGCACAAGCGGCGGCCCCCCCGCGGCAUGUUCAUCAACCACGACGAUCUAGCGGCGAUGGCGUCCGGAAAUACCGGCGUCACCGUGUUGAGGGCCAUGGAUCGUGAGCUCGACUCGCUGCAGAGACAAAUCCAGCAGAACAAGCAGAACAUCAGCUCGCUGAAGCGCAAACAUUCCGACAGCGUGGAGGACCUGCGGGCGGCCGGCGAGGGGCAGCCGGGGCGCUUCAACGCGCGCUGGAGCAACGAGGAGCUGCUCAUAGCCGUGCAGGGGGUCAGGAAGUACGGCAAGGACUUCAAAAGCAUCGCCGACGCGAUCGGCAACAAGACGGAACACCACGUGCGCACGUUUUUCGUCAACUACAGGAAACGAUACAACCUGGACACCAUCCUCAAGGAGUGGGAGAUGGACAACGGGCCGUUGCCGGAAGACGUUGCAAUGGCGGAUUCCAGAAGCGAAAACGUCGACAGCCAAGACAAUGACGUCAUCUGCAUAUCGCCCACGCCCGUUCAGCACGAGAAGAAGAAGGAGACGAAAAACGGCAAAAUGGCCCAGAUGGCGAAAUGAUGGUCGGACGAUUAAGGCUAUCACUUGGUGACUAUUUUCUGGAAAUGACUAUUUCUAGAGACGUCCAUACUGAUAUGAGAAGCAAUAAAAUGACAUUUUCCUAAGGUCCGUCUAAUCACUCAUCAAUUGAUCCCUCUGACAUCCUGUAUUCGAUGAAUGAUUACUUGAUAGUGGGUGUCUCUUUGAAUUCCUGUUGAAGAGUGUUUGUCUCUGAAGAAUCAUUUGAGGAUUUUUUUCAGAGGGGUUCCUAUAGAAUGUAUUUUCUGUGUGUUUUAAGAUUUGUUCAGUAGGUGAUAACUGGACUUUUUAAUUUAAUCUCUUUCAUUUGGGGAAAACCCUGUAUUAAUUUGUAAAUAAAAUAUUAACAGUUAAGGAAUGUAUUACUGGUGGUAAAGUUGAACAUAAUUGUAAAUAGUCCAAUAUGGACCUUUUUGAUGAAUUUAGAGCUUCUUUUCUAUAAAGGACCCCGCACGAAAACACGGGAAAUUGGCUGAAAUUUUACUAUGUUGUUGUGGGAUGGCUCACUAGAAAAAUAUGUGGGUUUAAUAGUUAUUUAUGCAACAAGUGCAAAAAGUGAAUGUUUAUUGCACGAGUUGCACACAUCAUUUUUUCUACGUUCAUGCAAAAAGCAAAAAAUAAUUUAUUGAGGUGCGGCACAAGGUGUAGGAAAAUGAAAAACGCAACUUGAAUACUUUAUUAUUAAUAUCGAUUUGCAUUGAAACAGGAACUAAUACGUUACGAACAAUUUAACUCAAACUUUAUUUUUACCCCCAAUGUUGAAAGUGAAUGAACAAUUGGUGCAAUUUUCAAUAUGAAUAUUUCGUAGUCAGAAUUAAUUUUUGACUGACGUUUCAAUAACCACAGUUGCAAUAUAAAAAAUGUUUGUCAUGAUGACAGCACAUUGGAGUAGAAUGACAGACGAGUGCAAUAAAAACUUUAUUGCACUUAGUGCAAUAAAGAACUUCUUUUUCCACUAAAUAUAGUUCAAUAAAGUUCUGCUUUUUGCAUGAAUGUAGAAAAAAAGUUUUUUAUGUUUAGUUUCUGAGAUAUAAUCCGACAAAGUUCGUAAAAACGUCGUAUCGGGGUAAUAUUGACAAAGAAAAAAACUGUUUUUUUCAGUAUAAAUGAAACAAAAUAAGCUACAAAAUGUAUUGAUCGGAACUCAUAAACAUGUCUAGCUAUAAUCACAUAAAUUAUAGUAAAUCAGGGUGUAUACGAGGCACGGUCAAAAAAUUCAUUUUUCGGAAAAAAAAUCGAGCACUAUUCCAAAACCAACAAGUUAUAUUUUGGUGGGACAUUAUAGUUUUAGUCUAUUGUUGUCUUCGAAAAUGAAUUCUGAUUCUUGAUAACUAUCUCUGUUCGAAAUAUGAAUUUUUAGAAUUUUGUGUUAUACCCCUUUUUGAAAACAAUUGACAGCUUGUUUUUGAUCACAAAGAAAGGAAUUGAUUGAUGGUGUUGAUUGAAUGAAAGCUGAGGUAACUCACGAGCGAAUUCAGUUGUUCAAUAUUGCCUUUCAUUUAGAUAGGUACAGGGUGUGUUAGAUUUUGUUGAAGAUUAUUUAACAUGUUUCAAUUGAAUAUCCCGAAAACAGUUCCGUCAAUUUGGAUCUCAUUUUACUCACAUUAUUUUGAAUAUGUUGACUAUCAUAUGCAAAGAGUUUUUCAAUUUUUUUAUGUUUCGUUUCUGAGAUAUCAAUUUUUGAGUUUACAGUAUUACAGGUAUUAUAGAGAUACAUAGGUAUCUCAGAAACGAAACAUACAAAAUUGAAAAACUUUUUGCAUAUGAUAGUCAACAUAUUCAAAAUAGUGUGAGUAAAAUGAGAUCCAAAUUAACGGAUCUGUUUUCGAGAUAUUCAAUUGAAACAUUUCAAAUAAUCUUCAACAAAAUCUAACACCCUGUACCUAUCUUAAUGAAAGGCAAUAUUGAACAACUGAAUUCGCUAGUGAGUUACCUCAGCUUUCAUUCAAUCAACACCAUCAAUCAAUUCCUUUCUUUGUGAUCAAAAACAAGCUGUCAAUUGAUUUCCAAAAGGGGUAUAACACAAAAUUCAAAGAAUUCAUAUUUCGAACAGAGAUAGUUAUCAAAAAUAAAAAUACGUUUUCGAAGCCUACAAUAGACUGAAACUAUAAGGUCUCACCAAAAUAUAACUUGUUGGUUUUGGAAUAGUGCUCGAUUUUUUUUUUCCGAAAAAUGAAUUUUUUGACCGUGCCUCGUAUACACCCAGAUUUACUAUAAUUAAUGUGAUCAUAACUAGACAUGUAUUUGAGUUCCGAUCAAUACAUUUUCUAGCUUAUUUUGUCUUAUUUAUACUAAAAAAUGUGUUUUUUUCUUUGUCAAUUCCACCCCGAUACGACGUUUUUACGAACUUUGUCGGCUUAUAUCUCAGGAACUAAACAUACAAAACUUUUCAAACUCACAUAUUUUUCUGAUGAGCCAUCCCACAACAACAUAGUAAAAUUUCAGCCAAUUCGACCAAGAGCCAAUUUCCCGUGUUUUCGUGCGGGGUCCUUUGUAACUAAUUGGUAUGAAUUUUGAUUCAUUCUUUCUCCUAUUAUUUGAAACUAAAUUUAUGUGCUGAAAGGUCCAUUUCCACUUGCUACCAGUUGAUAAAUUAUCUCACCCUGUAUAUAGCUCAUUAAUUAAUAAUUUUAAUACAUUUUAUUAGUGAUUAAUUAGAUAUUGAUAUGAUUUGAUGAUAAAAUUGAAAGCAAAAUAUUUAUUAUAUUUGUAAGUCGUUUAAUGCUAUAUUUAUGUUUCCAUAAUUUUCUAUACUUUGUUUUUACAUAAAAAAACCUUGAAGCAUAAGGUUACUCAAUAAGACUAGAGUAGUGGUAGUGUAUUCAAAAUGAUAAAUAAAUAAU